CAGACUUGCGGAUAGCUUUUACUGUAGCAAUUCCACGCCACUAGGUUCCCUUUGAAGUUCGAAGUUAGUGGAAGAGUGGUGACAGGAGGUGACCCGAUUGGCUGGUGGUGGCAGCAGGUGCGUCGUGCGUGGGAGUUUGGAAGCCACUACCUGCAGCCGCAAGGGAGGGGAGCACGGCUCACGGAGGGUAGGAACGGCGCAGGGGACAUUGAAGAAUACGACACUUUAGCAGGGGCAGAGCCUCCUUAGAGAGGGAAAACAGUUUCUUUUUCCCUUCUCCACCCCCGAUUCGUGGACAACGGGGCAAACCCGGAACUCUGGCCCUGCAGCUAGCAAGCGCGGUGCUCUCAUUUGUAUGGUAGGGGCGGGAGGGCAGUGAAAGGAAGCAGCUUCGGCUAGCAACUGGUGAGGAGGGGAAUGGAACUGGCCGAGGUGGACCUCGUUGACGACGACAACACCAACGGGGACUCCGGGGAAGACAGGCGCAGCUGCGUGGCAGAGGCAGCCAGGGCCAGAGUGGGUAGCAGCGUAGACAGUCUGGCGGAGGAGGAAGAAGACGACGACGAGGAGGAGGAGGCUCCCGGCCGGAGCAGGAGAGCCAGCCGCGCCUCCUCUCUGGUGAACGGCCUUCUGAUCGAACUCUACAGCGUGGGGCGCGCUCGCCACCGCGACAGCGUGGACAGUUCCACGGAGGCAUCCGCCAGCUCUGACGCCUUCCCUGGGGGCAGGGGCAGCAGUGCCGAGUCACGCUUCCUCCAGGAGCUGCAGCGGAGGCCGGGCCAGCGGCCCCAGAGGAAGUACCUGGCCCAGAAAGAUAUCAGUGAGUUGAUGACUAUAAUACAAGAGCUGAAUUACAGAAUUUGUGUUCAAUCAGCAAAACUGCUUCGUCUUCUGAAACAAAAGGACAGGCUUUUGCAUAAAGUGCAGAAGAACUCUGAUAUUGUAACAGCCUGUUUGCAAGCAGUUUCGCAAAAACGGCGAGUUGAUGCAAAGUUGAAGUUUACACUUGAGCCAUCUUUGGGUCAAAAUGGCUUUCAGCAGUGGCAUGAUGCUCUCAAAGCAGUGGCUAGGCUGCCUACAGGAAUACCAAAGGAAUGGAGGAGAAAGGUCUGGCUCACCCUGGCAGAUCAUUACUUAAGGAGUAUAGCAAUUGAUUGGGAUAAAACAAUGCGCUUCACUUUCAAUGACAGAAGCAAUCCUGAUGAUGAUUCCAUGGGUAUUCAGAUUGUAAAGGAUCUUCAUCGAACUGGAUGCAGUUCUUACUGUGGCCAGGAGGCAGAGCAAGACAGAGUGGUAUUAAAACGGGUCUUAUUGGCUUAUGCCAGGUGGAACAAAUCUGUAGGAUAUUGUCAAGGCUUUAACAUUCUAGCAGCCCUCAUCCUGGAAGUAAUGGAAGGCAAUGAGGGAGAUGCUUUAAAAAUAAUGAUUUACUUAAUUGAUAAAGUGCUACCUGACAGCUAUUUUGUAAAUAACCUUCGAGCACUAUCUGUUGACAUGGCUGUAUUCCGAGACCUCCUAAGAAUGAAGCUUCCUGAGCUCUCACAGCAUUUGGAUACUCUUCAAAGAGCUGCCAACAGGGAAAGUGGAGGUGGUUACGAGCCCCCGCUUACAAAUGUCUUCACAAUGCAGUGGUUCCUGACCCUGUUUGCUACCUGCCUUCCUAACCAUACCGUUCUAAAAAUUUGGGAUUCUGUAUUCUUUGAAGGGUCAGAAAUUAUACUGAGAGUAGCACUGGCUAUUUGGGCAAAACUAGGAGAGCAGAUAGACUGUUGUGAAACUGCAGAUGAUUUCUAUGGCACCAUGGGAAAGUUAACCCAGGAGAUGCUGGAAGACAUCCUCAUUGAUAGCAAUGAACUCAUGCAGACUGUUUAUUCUAUGGCCCAGUUUCCUUUCCCACAACUAACAGAAUUAAGGGAGAAAUAUACAUACAACAUUACUCCUUUUCCUGCCUCAGUAAAAUCAGCUUCAGGACGGCUGGGAAAAAUUAGAGACAGUGAUGAAGAGAAUGAUGUUGAUGAUGAAGACUCCAUAGCUAAUGUCAUUGGUUGUCUUGGACCAUUCAGCGGUUUUCUAGCUCCAGAGUUACAGAAGUAUCAAAAGCAAUUCAAGGAUCACAAUGAAGAACAGAGUCUAGGCUCUAGUAACAUUGCAGAACUAAGCCCUGGAGCAAUAGAUGCCUGUCGAAGUGAGUACCAUGCAGCUUUUAACAGUAUGAUGAUGGAACGUAUGACUACAGACAUUAAUGCACUGAAAAGACAGUAUGCCCGGAUAAAGAAGAAACAACAGCAGCAGGUCCAUCAGGUGUACAUCAGAGCAGGGUCUGAAGAUGAUGAGCCUGGGAUUAUGUUAGAUCCCAGGGACCAGCUGAAAAAUGAUAAAGGACCAGUUACCAGUCUUAUGCCCUCUCAGGUGAACCAUUCUCCAGUGAUCAACCAUCUUCUGUUAGGAAAGAAGAUAAAGCCAACUAAUAGGUCUGCCAAAAAUGCUAUUAUUCAUGUUCCAAAUCAUGCAGGAGGCAAGAUGUCACCUGGUCCUCAUGAAGAUCUUAAAACAAAGCUCAACUCUCCCUGGCGCACUCACAUUAGGGUACACCGAAAGAACAUGGCGAGAGCUAGAGGGCAGCUGGGCUAUGGAGAUACUAUAGGGCUAAUAGAGGAGCAGAACGAAGGUGGGAAAACUAAUAGUCCCAAUGCAAAAGAAGAUACUCCAAUCAAAUCAGAGUCUAUGGAAAUUGAAGGGAGCGAUUCGGAUGCGAUGACUACCAGGAAUGCUGAUGGACAGUCUCCUGAACCAACUUACAAAGAUGCCAAUGCCAAUCUCAACAUAUCAGCAGUUCAGCUGAAACUGGAAGCAUUGGAACUUUCCCAAAAUAUCAAAGAAGAUACUGAAUCAGUAUCAGAUCUGUUCUGUCAAACAUCCCUAUCUGAGUUACCAAAUUUGUCCAGUGACUGUGGAACAGUAGCAAAAUCUCCACAAGCUGGCAUUCCUAAACCACAAGUCUUUAGUCCUUUUCCUAAUGUCAAGCCCCUCAGAAAAUCAGCUGCAGCCAGAAAUCUAGGAUUGUAUGGUCCAACUGAAAGAACCCCAACUGUACACUUCCCUCAGAUGAGCAGAAGCUUUAAGAAGCCCACAAGUGGUAACAGUGGAUCUAAAAAACGAUGAUGUAUAUAUUACCCGUUCAUUAUCAUCAUCAUUUCAGUUUUUAUUAUAUCUAUUUAUGGGUCCAAAUGAGUUUCUAAAUUUAAUUUUGAACAGAAAUAAUGGAAAUAAGUUGCAACUGGUACAUAAACUAUAUUAUCAAAAAUUCAUGUUUUUCUGUAACGUUGAAUAGUGAAAGUACACAGUGCCACAUCCAGUUUUCAUGUUAAAAGAAACAGACUUGCAGCCUUACCUGUAGUAAAAGCUGUAAUAAGCCAUUCACUAAUGCUGGUGGGACAGUUCUGCCCCCUUCAGUUCGCCUUCAGUUCGCCUUCAGUUCACCAUUUAAGAAGACUACCAUCUUUUUAUGGCUAGGCAGCUAAUUGGCAGAUCCUCUUAGAUGCCUAGAAGAACUGCACUGAACAUCACAAUUUGUUUUUUAAAAAACUGUUUUCCUUCAUUACACUAAUAUAUUUGAGAAGCUAACACAUUAGCUGUGUUCUAAUGUUUUCCACUCCAAUGCCACUGCUGGUGUUAUUUCCUUUUCUUAUUUUUUUAUAAUUAUGAGAUCAGGUAAAAAGAAAAGUUGAAAUAUUUUCUGUGACUUGAUCUUGGCUGACUAAAUGAUGACCUUGAGUGAGUCAUGAGACUGUAGGAAUAUAUAUUUAAAUCUGGCAGUUAAUUUAGCAUUACAAUUCCUGGCAGUAUUUGGUGUUAAAGAGAAAUCUACAGUCUUAGCUGUUGUUUUUUAAUGUAAGUCACUUUUAAUGUUAAUUGUUUGGCAGUAUUACUUUCACAGAGUAUGUCAUUCCAAAUGUAGGAACUUUCUAGUUGAGGAAAAUUCAUGGCAGCAUUCUGAAGAUGUGAGAUCCUUUUCAAUGUACUAUGUAACUUUGAACUAGGAACAAUGAAGAUUUUUAGCAUUUCCCCCAGAUUAUGUUCUGUGCCUCUACAUUUGAAGUGAGAUGAUCUGUUGACCAACAAGCUUGAAGAGAUUGGAGUUGGUUUUCACUGUGAUGUAUUGUCAUGUAAACAUAUUUUAAAAUCCCAAAACUUGAUGGCCAGCAUGGAAUGUGGAUUUUUCCUACCUUAUUUCCAUCUUAGAAAAAUAGUAUGUAUUAAAGUGAAGAGUGUGACCUCUUUUCCCACUCUCCAAGGCAUUGUGCAAAAACAUUUCCAUUUCUAAAAUAUAAAAUAUGACUGUACUAUAUGGUUUCAAUGUUCAAGAUCACUAGACAGUAGGAAUUGGUGAACAGACUAACUGGGUAGGCUUGGGAAAGUUAUUAACUCUCAAACAGUUUUGUAUCUGUAAAAUAGGAAAAGUAGGAGCCUAUGUUGCAGGAUAAAUGUAAGGGCUGUAAGUAUUGUGUAAAGUUAAGUGCAAUAAAAAUAGUAAGUGCUGCCAUAACAAAGCCGUUAUAGGAUAGUGGAUGGAAGUCCAUUGUUCUUAAGAGAUAAUGUCGUAUCUUUCCUGUUCAUAACAGUUUUGAGCCUUAAGCCUAGGCGCAUAAAGGAAGAGUACACUGAUGAUUCAAUCCUCACUUCAAUUUGUAGAUUUCUCUGUAUUGGAAGACCUCCCAAUACUACCUAGUCUUCCACAAUCCUUGGGUCGAACGUCUCAAAAUGAAUAGUAUCUCAUUGUGCAAUCCACAGUUGGUUCAGGAAGUGUGAAUCAUAACCACAUAGUAAAACAAGAAAAUCCUCUAAGCUUCUAUAGGUUGUUACACUUGGGCUGCAAUCCUGUACAGACUUACCUAGAAGUAGGUCCCAUUGAACUCAGUAAGACUUACUUCUGAGUAGACAUCCACUGAAUUGCACUCAGUGUGUAACUCUUACGUUUUAAGAGACCAAUUAAGCCAGCACAAACUAAUAAAAUAUCAGUGCAAUAAAUAAAACUGAUCAGCAUCUAAAGAAUCGUGCUCCUAGAUUACUUGGUGGUUUUGGACUUCCCAUGAUUCCUGAACAGCAGUCUACAUGCUUUACAGCAAGCCAAUUCUGAACCUAAGGCAGUCUCUAAAGCAAUUUGUGAUAUGGUAAUGGGAUCUACUUUUCAAAAGAAAAAAAUCCCACAGCGUGGGCCUAUCUAAUAUACUUCUUUGGCUCUCAGCCAUUGAGUCUCCAGUAUCAUUUAAAAGGCAUAGAAGACUGAGCUAAAAUAAUCUCUUAAGACUGGCAACAAGCACAUCAGAUGUUCUCAAAUUGUUUCAUCCCAAUAAUCUCACACAAUGGAAAGGUGGAGCUGAUGUUAUUUACUACUGUGUUAGGAACCACUCUAUGCAUGCACACAAGACAGCUCAGAGCUGCCUGAGGCUGAUGUUGGUGUCUAUGUGGAAUUCUGUAUGGGUACUGGAGCCCUCACCUCCCCGCACAUGAAUAGAAGCUGCUAGAUAGUGUCUCUAACUUUACAAUAUUAUGUUAGGUGGGUCUCUGGAUCCAUCACUGUUGCCAUUUGAGUGAUGCUGAUAUGAAACUGAAAUUUCACUCUGUCCCUUGUGUGCUGUGAUUUUAAGAUCUUUUGGCAUUACACUUUGUUUCUUAAUUGGUUUCUUUCAUGUAUACAAUGUAUUAUAGAUAUUGUACAUUAUAAAUAUAUACAGGAUGUAUGAAAUGAUGCCUUAUGGGAUAAGUUUCAUCUAUGUUUGUGUCUGUGAGUCUAAUGAGUAUAGUCAUGUUCUAUUUUGUAGAUUAAAUAGGAUUUAUCAAUAAUGCAUUUUAAAAAAUAAUAUUGAGUUGCCUCCAAUUUCUUGCAGUAAGGCGGCAUUCCUGAAUUCCAAACAUUUCUAAUCCCAAACAUUUCUAACAAAACAAAUAAAAAUGCAGUUUAUAAUCAUCCAAGCUGUACAUAUGAGUACAAAUGAUCUCUUCUACACAUGUACAUAAAUCUUUGGAUCAGGAUACCUUUCUAGUAUACAAAAUAUACUAGAAGCUAUGAUAUUGUAAAAAUCCUAAUUUGAAAUUAUUCUCAUGGACAUAUUAUGCAAAUAUGUUGAAAUGAAUAAUCUGUGCAACUUGUUCAGAAACAAUCCUGUAGGUUGAUACUUGAUGAUAAAAUUAACAAUGUAUUUGAACAACCUGUUAGUCAAAACAAACUGUUAUGUAUUGUGCUUUUAGUUGUAUCAAUGAAGGCACUGACAUGUACAACAAUUUGAAAAAUUAAGUAAAUUGUGCAAUAUACCAUUGUUUAGAACUGCCUUUAAAUUAAACCAAAUGGUUGUUGUAUGUUUACAAGCAACAUACUGCUCUUUAACUGCCAUAAGUGAGACUGUACAAAACAGUUCUGCAUAGUUAGUUAAAUCAUGUAGCAUUGUCCUGGAAGUGCAACCAAUAUCACAAGAUUUCCCUCCCCCAUUUCUGUGUUUUGCCUGUUUAAUCAUACAUGUUGCAGCUUAGUUUGUCUCUGAUAUGUCAUCCUUCUAGGGGUUUUUUUUAGUGUUUUUGUUUGCCGCCCUGGGCUCCUUCUAGGAGGAAGCCAUGGUAUAAUUAAAUAAAUAAAUAAAACUGUUAACACAACUUUAGCGAUACAGAAACACCACUAAUAGCACACAGAUAAACCAGUCAGGCACUGUACAGCAUGAAUGAUAAAAUGUUCAAUGUUGGGACUUUAUUGUGGUUCUGUAUUUUGAAGAGGAAACUUCAUCAUCUUCCAAUUAGUACAUGUGUACACAUAAUUAUGGUGAUGCAUGUACACCAAUUGCUAAGUGUUUCAUGCGGACAAAGCAUGUCAUAUGCAUACUAAUGGAGCAAAGCCUGAUGAACAGUAAAUAGUUUAUGUAGAUACUAAGGCUAUCCUGAAUCAAUUGUCUAAUAUCCAAAAUUAGAUCAUGGUGUGUGUGAUCUUAGUGGAGGGCUUUUAUGGUGCAUGAACCUGUCAAGUGUGUAGUGCAUCUGUAUGGGUUCUGUACAUUGAGCCCCUUUAUCCCUGAUAAAGAAAGUGUUCCAAAUGGACACUCUUAUGACCAUACUUUGUCUCUAAGCACUUUGAAGGGGGUGUGUGUGUUGUGAAGUCUAGAAGCAACAUCUUGACAAAUAUGUAUUCUUUAAUUUUAUUGGCUGCUUUUUCAACCAAAGCUGCCUAGAGCGUUUACAGCCAUUUAACAUUAUUAUAACUAUUUCAAUAACAUAUAAGUCUGUAAAAACAAUAGAAACAAAAGUUACAAAAUGAGCAUCUGAAAAGGCCUAUGAAAACAGAAACAGGUUUCCAUCUAAUGCCUAAAGUGCACCAGACUUGGUGCCACUUCCUGGGGAGUGAGUUCAAAGCUGAGGUGCCACAACAGAGAAGGUCCUUUCUUAACCCACCUCACUAGUGGUAGAAAGAGAACUGGAAGGAUUUGAAGUAGGUCUUAAUACACAGGUAUGGGAGGAGGUGGUCCUGGGUAUAAUGGUAAUGGACCUGAAGCCAGCGUAAUCAUUUAAAAACUGAUAUAUAUUGUGUCCUCCCACUCCUAGUUAAUAAUUUUGCCAAUGUAUUUUGAAUGAACUCAAGUUUUCAGUUGUCUCCAUUAAAUGGAGUUCAUUCAAAAUAUUGUGGCCCACUUCAGCUAUACUCCACCCUGCCAUAUUAUUAGGCAUUAACCUGCAACUACAAUAUUUUCUAAAUUAAAAGCAUAACAGUAGGUGCAGUAUAAGAAAAAAUCAGAAUUUUAUCUUACAUGAGAGGUGAACUAUUCUACCAUUCCAAAGUUAAACAAUUUAUAUAGCCUAUAUAUUUUUGUUUCAAAGGGUUCCAAAGAUACAGAAAUGAAACAAAAUUCUAUCGUUUCGGGGGUGGAAGCAAUUGUUAGUGGAGAAAAUUUUUCUGUUUGAUCACUAGAUGCCACUAUCGGUCUACACUUUGCAGUUGAGAAACACGAAUGUUUAUGAAGGUAUGUACAGAUAUAAUGGAAGUUCCAAAAACAUUUUCUAUGCCAGUUUAAUAAAAUACUCU